UUAUUUUAGAAGCUUCUCGUCUUUCAUAAUUAAUAAUUAAUACAGGUGUUUAUGUAAAUUAUGAUUAUGACCUGUAGGUGGACAUUAUUCACACAAACAUGGGGAUCUAGGACAAUUUGUCAGUUUGUAGUUUUAUCGUGGUGUCGUUGUCAUGGUUACGCGCUCGCAGUGACGUCAGUUUGUAGUUUUAUGGUGUUGUUGUUGUAGUGACAGUCCUCCGCCGCAGGGGCGCUGUGCUCUCUGUGCGCCCCCUUUAUUCAGCGCAGAAGAAGAAGGAGAGCGACAGCAUGGCAGCCUCCACAGACCACGCGGACCUGUCCACGGGGACCGAUCCACAGACUGCAGAGUCCACCACAGGCUGUCCGGACCCGGACCCGGAGCAGGCAGCUCAGGACCCGGAUGGGGAUGAAGACGAGCCGCCCGGGCCGAGGAUCCGAGACACCCCGCAGGACAUCCGGCUGGAAGCGAUCGCCAACACGGUGGCUCUCCACCCGAGCAGGGACGUCCUGGUGUGCGGGGACGUGGACGGGGACGUGUACGCUUACUCCUACUCGUGCACGGAGGGGGAGAACCGGGAGCUGUGGUCGUCCGGACACCACAUGAAGUCCUGCCGCCAGGUGCGCUUCUCCGCGGACGGACUGAAGCUGUUCAGCGUGUCCCGGGACAAGGCGGUCCACCAGCUGGACGCGGAGCGGGGACAGCUGGUCACGAGGAUCCGCGGGGCGCACGGUGCUCCAAUCAACAGCCUGCUGCUGGUGGACGAAAACAUCCUGGCGACCGGGGACGACGGAGGAACCCUCAAGGUGUGGGACAUGAGGAAAGGGACAGCCAUCAUGGAUCUGAAACACCAUGAGGAUUACAUCAGUGACAUCGCCGUGGACCGGGCCAAGAGGAUCCUACUUACUGCCAGUGGCGAUGGUACCAUGGGCGUCUUCAACAUCAAGAGGCGGAGGUUCGAGCUGCUGUCGGAGUACCAGAGUGGCGAUCUAACGUCGGUGGCGCUGAUGAAACGUGGCAAGAAGGUGGUUUGCGGCUCCAGCGAGGGGACCAUCUACAUCUUCAACUGGAACGGCUUUGGAGCCACCAGUGACCGCUUCGCCAUCAAAGCAGAGUCGGUGGAAUGCAUCGCCCCCGUCACCGACAACAUCAUGUGCACCGCCUCCAUGGAUGGGUACAUUCGAGCUGUCAACCUCCUUCCCAACCGGGUCAUUGGCUGCAUCGGACAGCACGUCGGCGAACCCAUCGAAGAGCUCGCCACGUCCUGGGACUCCCGCUUCCUCGCGAGCAGCGCCCACGACCAGCUCAUCAAGUUCUGGGACAUUUCCAGUUUACCCAACACGACCGUCAACGAAUACCGCAAGAGGAAGAAGAAAGAUGGCCGAAUGAAGUCUCUCACCAAGAAAGCUCACGGAGACAACGACUUCUUCUCAGGACUCGUAGAGGAAACGGAGAAGAAGGAGGAUGAAGACGAGGAGGAGGGGGAAGACGAUGACAGCGACAGUGACAGCGGCAGCGACUAAAAAAAAAUGUUGUCACGGUGCCUUCAGACAUUUUUAGUCCUAAAUAGGUGAAUGGACAUGUCUGCUGUUGGUUGGAGGCUUUCAUACAAAGCGCAUCACGAUGUCCGGAGUUUCUACGGUAGCAUGAACGGCAGAUAUUAGCUCCUGGCAGUGCUGGUGCCUCAUUUCGGAUAUGACUUUGACCGAGAACCAAGCCACCGCUGGUGACUGUGUAAAUAUAUAGGAAUAUCAGGCCAACAUAUCCUUGAGAAAUAUUCAUUCAAGGGCCUACUGACUGUUAAAGAGCACUAAAAUAAGGGUAUUAAGCCUAGACACUUUUUUGGUACAGACCAAAAACUGUUAAAAAGUUGGAUUUGUAAUCUUAUUUAUGUAUUCGUACAUCGAUCAGAUGAUUAGAAAUCUGAAAUCUUUUGCAUAUUUUGGGGAUGUUUUCCUUUUUAGGCAAAGUUCUUGUGAAUGCUGUGGUUGUAUUGAAUUAAAAAAACACUUGUUUGUUUUACUCCUGA